AUAUUAUGAAAUAAAAAAUUAUAUUAUGAAACAUUAAUAUCAUAAAUUGUUGAUUUUAUUAAUAGGAUAUAAAAAUUAUAAUUUUUUUGGGAACCAUGACUGUUAGAAACAGCCACUGGGUGGCACUUUUUUCUCAAUUAUUCGUUUUAUCUGCAAGUGUGGUUUUGUUUAUGAUUCCGAUUUAUCUACUCUGGAGUCACAUAACUUAUGAACAAAAUCAUUUAUCUAAUUAUAAGCCUCACGUGGUAGCUUUAAUAUUAGCUCGAGGUGGUAGUAAAGGAAUACCGAGAAAAAAUUUAGCUGUGAUACAAAACACUACACUCCUCCGAAGAUCUUUAGACACUAUUAAUGAUUGUGGAUUGUUUCACGAUGUAUGGGUAUCAACAGAUGAUAAAGAAAUUGCUGCUGAAGCUGAAUUAGCAGGUGCUAAAGUUUUUCACCGUAGUGCAGAAACUGCUUCGGAUGAAGCAACAUCACUUAGUGCUGUUAAAGAGUUUAGCAUGUACCAUCAAAAAGUGGAUAUUUUUGCUAUCAUUCAGUGUACCUCACCUUUUAUGACUGCUGAGUAUCUAACUAGAGCAUAUAAAAUGGCAGUUAAUCAGAAAUUUGAAUCUGUGUUUUCUGUAACGCGAACCCAUAAACUGCGUUGGAAACUGGAUUCUGAUGGUCAACUGCAACCAUCAAAUUUUGAUGUUACUAAAAGACCAAGAAGACAAGACUGGGAUGGAGAAUAUGUGGAAAAUGGAAUGUUUUAUUUUACAUACAAGAACCUCAUUGUAAAUAAUAAGCUCCAAGGAGGAAAGUUGGGAGUAGUCGUGAUACCAUUAAAUAGAAGUUUAGAAAUUGACACACAAUUUGAUUUGCAGGCUGCUCGACUAUUAGCUCCAUUACUAGAUAAACCUAAAAAUGUAACUAAUAGAACUAAUGAAAUUAUCAAAAAGUCAUAAGUCAAUUUUAAAAUUAUAGUUAUGUAAUUACUUAUUAUAAGUUUUAGUUAAUAUUAUUAAAAACCAAUAUAUCUGUCUGUAUAAAUAAGAUUAAUAUACCUGACCUGAGUAUUUGUGUAAUACAUAGGUAAAAGGUAUGUAUUAUUUUGUGAAUAUUAUUGUUAGAAAAAUGAUAGAGUUUAUACCAAA